AUGCUCUCCGCCGCUGCUGUCUCCCUCCGGGCUGGUGCUCGUCGCACCGUCCGCAGGCUGCCCAUCCGGGCUCGGGCCGUUGCCGUUCCUGCCUACCUCCGCCGUCAGAGACCCUUCUCGACAUCGGCUGCCCGCCCUACCGAUCUCAGCACUCGGAGCAUGAUCAUCCAAACCCUCUCCUCAGUCGGCUCCAAGCGUGAGGUGCAGCAAUACUUAUCCCUCUUCACCUCGGUCUCGUCCCAGAGGUUCGCCGUCAUCAAGGUCGGUGGUGCUAUUCUGACCGAUUACCUCGACGAGCUGUGCUCUAGCCUGGCCUUCCUCUACACUGUCGGCCUGUACCCCGUUAUCGUCCACGGUGCUGGGCCCCAGCUCAACAAGCUGCUCGAGGAAGCCGGUGUCGAGCCUCAGUUCGAGGAGGGCAUCCGCGUGACCGAUGCCAAGACCCUGCGUGUUGCCCGCGACCUCUUCCUGCAGGAGAACCUGAAGUUGGUCAACAAGCUUGAGGAGAAGGGCGUGCACGCCCAGCCACUGACUACGGGCAUCUUCCGUGCUGGAUAUUUGAAUAAGGACAAGUGGGGUUUCGUCGGCAAGGUUACUAGCGUCAACAAGGCCCCCAUUGAGGCUGCCAUCAACAAUGGCUACCUUCCCAUUCUGACCUCGAUGGCCGAGACCGACGAUGGCCAGAUCCUCAACGUCAACGCCGAUGUUGCCGCUUCUGAGCUGGCCCGUGCUCUCGAACCCCUGAAGGUCGUCUACCUGUCCGAGAAGGGCGGUCUUUUUGACGCCGCUGGCCAGCGGAUCUCGGCCAUUAACCUGGACGAAGAGUACGACUACCUCAUGUCUCAGGAAUGGGUUAAGUACGGCACCCGCUUGAAGAUCAAAGAGAUCAAGGAGUUGCUGGAUACCUUGCCGCGGGCAUCUAGCGUUGCUAUCAUUCAUCCGGGUGAGCUUCAGAAGGAGCUCUUCACCGACUCGGGUGCUGGCACUCUUAUUCGCCGGGGCAAUAAGCUGGUUUCGGCCACUAGUCUAUCCGACUUCAAGGAUCUGGACGCUCUCAAGCAAGUCCUCAUCCGGGACCGCGAGGGCCCUGAUGCCAUGGCUACUGUGGACAAGUACCUUGAGUUCCUUAAGGAGAACGAGUUCAAAGCUUUCUUCGAUGGCCCCAUGAACGCUCUCGCUAUCGUUCUCCCUGCCAGCAAUGGCCGUCAUGCCACCCUGUCCACACUUACCAUCACUAAGUCUGGCUGGCUCACCAAUGUUGCUGACAACAUCUUCACCGCCCUGCGCAAGGAGUAUCCUUCGCUUGUGUGGACUGUCCGGGAGGAUGAUGAAAACCUGGGCUGGUUCUUCGACAAGGCCGACGGCAGCGUCACUCGCAACGGUGCUGUCAUGUUCUGGUAUGGUAUUGAGAACGGUGACGAGAUUGUCAAGUUGAUGAAGGACUUCACCCAGAAUGGCCGGGCUAUGCUGGGCGAUUCGAAUCUUGAGUCGCGCCUGUACCGUGCCUACAAACAGGCCGCUGGCGCUGCUGCCCAGCAGACCCGCAGCUACUCGACCUUCGUUCAUCGCCCUGUUCUGUCCGCUCCGGUUUUCGGCCAGACUGCUCGUAGGGGCUACGUCACCCAGACGAACCCAAACCCCCCCUACGGCAAGAAGAAUGCCUCCAACGACAAACCUGCGAGGGUGGCGCUAAUCGGUGCCCGUGGCUACACCGGCCAGGAACUGGUUCGCCUGCUGGACACUCACCCCCACAUGGAGCUCACCCAUGUCUCAUCUCGUGAGCUUGCUGGCAAGAAGCUUGAGGGUUAUAACAAGAGUGAGGUCAUCUACUCGAACCUCAGCCCCGAAGAUGUUAGAGAUAUGGAGCGUCGCGGCGAGAUCGACUGCUGGGUCAUGGCUCUCCCCAACGGCGUUUGCAAGCCGUUCGUCGAGGCUGUCUGGGAGGGCCGUAAGGACUCGAACCACAAGAGCGUCAUCAUUGACCUGUCUGCUGACUACCGCUUCGACAAUACCUGGACCUAUGGUCUCCCUGAGCUCGUUCCCCGCGCCAAUAUCGCUCAGGCCACUCAGAUCGCCAACCCCGGCUGUUACGCCACGGCCGCUCAGCUUGGUAUCGCCCCUCUGGUCCCUCACCUUGGUGGCAUGCCCCACGUUUUUGGCGUCUCCGGCUACUCGGGUGCCGGCACCAAGCCCUCGCCCAAGAACGACGUCAACCUACUGACGGACAACAUCAUGCCUUACUCGCUGACUGGCCACAUCCACGAGCGUGAGGUCAGCACUCAGCUGGGCGCCCAGAUCGCCUUUAUGCCUCACGUCGCGGUCUGGUUCCGUGGCAUCCACCACACCAUUUCCAUCCCUCUCAACAAGACCAUGACCAGCCGCGACAUUCGCCAGAUCUACCAAGACCGUUAUGCUGGCGAGAAGCUGGUCAAAGUUGUUGGCGAAGCUCCUCUUGUCAAGUUUAUCAGCGGCAAGCAUGGUGUUGAGAUCGGCGGCUUCGAGGUUGACUCCACUGGCAAGCGUGUCGUGGUUUGCGCUACGAUCGAUAACCUGCUCAAGGGUGCUGCUACUCAGUGCUUGCAAAACAUGAACCUUGCUCUGGGCUACGCUGAGUAUGAGGGUAUUCCGGACAAGGCCAACGCCCCUCUCCCCAAGCACAACAUCAUGUUCGAUCUGCCCCUUGAGCACGGCUCGCUGGAGCACCUCCUUCCGGUCUCCUGGAAGACCCAGAUCACGGCCUGGUUGGCCGAGGACACGCCGUCCUUUGACGUCGGCGGCUUUGUCGUCGGCGACGCCCCGCGCACGGCUACCCUCUGGGGCAAGUCUCCCGGCAUCCUGGCCGGCGUGCCCUUUUUCAAUGAGGUCUUUCGCCAGUGCGGUUGCACUGUCGAGUGGCACGCGCGCGAAGGGUCGCACAUUGAAACGCACGGCGGCAAGACUGCGCUCGCAACCGUUCGCGGGCCCGCCAGGGGCUUGUUGGAGGGUGAAAGGGUCGCGCUGAACAUUCUUGCGCGCUGCUCGGGCAUCGCGACGAUGAGCAGGAGGCUGUUGGUCAAUCUGAGGAGUGCCGGGUGGAAGGGGAUGCUGGCAGGCACGAGGAAGACAACGCCUGGGUUUAGGCUGGUUGAGAAGUAUGGGAUGCUGGUUGGUGGCGCUGAUACGCAUCGCAUGGAUUUAAGCACGAUGACUAUGCUCAAGGAUAACCAUAUCUGGAGCCGCGGCAGCAUCACCCAGGCGGUCAAGGCUGCGAAAGCGGCUGGCGGGUUCAGUUUGAAGAUUGAGGUUGAGGUACAAAGCGAGGAGGAGGCCGAUGAAGCCAUUGCAGCGGGUGCCGAUGUCAUCAUGCUGGACAACUUCACCCCUGAAGGUGUUAGGGCUGCCUCCAAGAGUCUCAAGGAGAAGUGGAAGGGCAAGCGGGAGUUUUUGCUCGAGAUCUCAGGGGGCUUGACCGAGGACAAUGCCGAGCAGUACAUCUGUAAUGACAUUGACAUUCUCUCCACUAGCGCCAUUCAUCAGGGCGUGCGCCAUAUCGACUUCUCGCUGAAGAUCAACGUGGAUAAGAGUGGCCCGGAGGUGUCGAGUUAA